UAUUAGUUUCACAUGCCGUUUCCAAGCACACUCUCCUCUUCUCUGUGUGUCUUUCCGUGAUAAUAGGAGUUUCUUUCAGUUACUAAUAACUCUAUCAGCUUCUUCUUCUUUUCUUUUCUAUGCACUUUCUCGUGCCCACAUCGUAAGCACCCUUCUAGCAACAACAUCUUUCAUCUACGAUAUAAAAAUAGAACAAAGAAACGCACAUAGUUUUUUGUGAGGAAGGACUAAGAUGGCAGCUACUAGUAGGAACAUUGAGAAGAUGGCUUCAAUUGAUGCUCAGCUGAGGUUGCUGGCACCAAGGAAGGUUUCUGAUGAUGACAAGCUUGUUGAGUAUGAUGCUUUGUUGCUUGAUCGAUUCCUUGACAUUCUUCAGGAUUUGCAUGGUGAAGAUAUCAGGCAAACGGUUCAAGAUUGUUAUGAGCUUUCAGCUGAGUAUGAAGGGAAGCAUAAGACUGAGAAGUUGGAGGAACUUGGGAAUAUGCUAACUGGUCUUGAUGCUGGGGAUUCUAUUGUCAUUGCCAAAUCAUUUUCCCACAUGCUUAAUUUGGCUAACUUGGCAGAAGAAGUCCAAAUUGCCUACCGAAGAAGGAUUAAGCUAUUAAAGAAGGGCGAUUUUGCUGAUGAGAACUCUGCCAUCACUGAAUCUGACAUUGAAGAAACCUUCAAGAGGCUUGUGACUGAACUGAAGAAGUCCCCACAGGAAGUGUUUGAUGCUUUGAAGAACCAAACUGUAGAUUUGGUCCUAACUGCUCAUCCCACUCAGUCCAUUCGUCGAUCUCUGCUGCAAAAGCAUGGAAGGAUAAGGAACUGUCUGACACAGUUGUAUGCGAAAGACAUAACACCGGAUGAUAAGCAGGAACUUGAUGAGGCUCUCCAAAGAGAGAUUCAAGCUGCAUUUCGCACAGAUGAAAUUCGAAGGAGUCCUCCAACACCACAAGAUGAGAUGAGGGCAGGAAUGAGCUACUUUCAUGAGACAAUAUGGAAAGGUGUACCAAAGUUUUUGCGCCGUGUUGACACAGCUCUGAAGAACAUCGGAAUAAAUGAGCGUGUCCCAUACAAUGCCCCUCUUAUUCAAUUCUCUUCUUGGAUGGGAGGAGAUCGUGAUGGUAACCCUAGGGUAACCCCUGAAGUUACAAGGGAUGUGUGUUUGCUGGCUAGAAUGAUGGCUGCUAAUUUAUACUUCUCUCAGAUAGAAGAUCUCAUGUUUGAGUUGUCUAUGUGGCGCUGCAAUGAUGAGCUUCGUGUUCGUGCUGAUGAACUCCAUGUGUCCUCAAGGAGAGAUGCAAAACAUUACAUUGAAUUUUGGAAGCAGAUUCCUCCAAAUGAGCCAUAUCGUGUUAUUCUUGGUGAUGUGAGGGACAAACUAUACAAUACACGCGAACGUGCUCGCCAGUUAUUAGCCAAUGGAACCUCUGACAUCCCCGAAGAGACAACCUUCACAAAUGUUGAGCAGUUCCUGGAGCCCCUUGAACUCUGCUAUAGAUCACUCUGCGCAUGUGGUGAUCGACCAAUAGCAGAUGGUAGCCUUCUUGAUUUCUUGCGGCAAGUUUCCACAUUUGGACUCUCAAUGGUAAGACUCGACAUUCGUCAAGAGUCAGACCGGCACACUGAUGUCAUGGAUGCCAUUACCAAACACUUGGAGAUUGGAUCAUACCGAGAGUGGUCUGAGGAACGCAGGCAGGAAUGGCUUCUGUCAGAGCUCAGUGGAAAGCGCCCUCUGUUCGGCCCUGAUCUUCCCAAAACAGAAGAGAUCGCCGAUGUUCUGGAAACCUUCCAUGUCAUUGCAGAACUUCCCUCAGACAACUUUGGUGCCUACAUAAUCUCAAUGGCAACAGCACCGUCUGAUGUGCUUGCUGUUGAGCUCUUACAACGGGAAUGCCAUGUGAAGCAACCGCUAAGGGUCGUGCCAUUGUUUGAAAAGCUUGCUGAUCUUGAGUCUGCUCCUGCUGCAGUGGCGCGGCUUUUCUCUAUUGAUUGGUACAGAAACCGAAUCAAUGGGAAGCAAGAAGUUAUGAUAGGAUACUCAGACUCAGGAAAAGAUGCCGGUCGUCUUUCUGCGGCUUGGGCGCUGUACAAGGCUCAAGAGGAGCUCAUAAAGGUUGCAAAGGAUUUCGGUGUUAAGCUGACAAUGUUCCAUGGCAGAGGAGGGACUGUUGGAAGAGGAGGCGGCCCCACUCACCUUGCUAUAUUAUCUCAGCCACCAGAAACCAUUCAUGGCUCACUUCGGGUGACAGUUCAAGGUGAAGUUAUUGAACAAUCCUUUGGAGAGGAGCACUUGUGCUUUAGAACUCUCCAGCGAUUCACUGCUGCUACACUUGAGCACGGAAUGCACCCUCCCGUGUCACCCAAACCGGAAUGGCGAGUGCUGCUAGAUGAGAUGGCUGUCAUUGCAACGAAGGAGUAUCGCUCCAUUGUUUUCCAGGAACCCCGUUUUGUUGAAUACUUCCGAUGUGCUACCCCUGAGUUGGAGUAUGGACGAAUGAACAUUGGAAGUCGUCCAUCAAAGAGAAAGCCGAGUGGAGGAAUCGAAUCACUGCGUGCUAUUCCAUGGAUUUUUGCUUGGACACAAACAAGGUUUCAUUUGCCAGUGUGGCUUGGCUUUGGUUCUGCAUUUAAGCAUGCAAUUGAGAAGGAUCCAAAGAAUCUCCUAAUGCUUCAAGAUAUGUACAACCAGUGGCCUUUCUUCAGGGUCACCCUGGACUUGAUCGAGAUGGUGUUCGCCAAGGGAGACCCGGGGAUCGCUUCCCUGUACGACAAACUCCUAGUGUCAGAAGAGCUGUUGCCAUUCGGAGAGCGCUUGAGGACUAAAUAUGAAGAAACCAAGAGUUUUCUCCUUCAGGUUGCUGGGCACAGGGAUCUUCUUGAAGGUGACCCCUACUUGAAGCAAAGGCUUCGUCUCCGCGAUUCAUACAUCACAACCCUGAAUGUGUUACAAGCCUACACGUUGAAGAGAAUCCGCGACCCCGACUACCAUGUCAAGUUGAGGCCACAUUUGUCAAAGGAAUUCAUGGAAUCAAGCAAGCCAGCUGCAGAACUUGUUAAACUCAACCCAAAAAGUGAGUAUGCUCCUGGUUUGGAGGACACACUUAUCUUGACAAUGAAGGGUAUUGCUGCUGGCAUGCAAAACACAGGUUAAGAAGCUGAAAAAAAUUGGCAUUUUUUUUUUGUUAUGUCAGUGGAUAUGUAAACAUUGUAUAACCUAUUCUAUGAUGUCUGCUGGAUAUUUAGAUCAGCAUCAUAUGACUGUGUCGCUAAUACUAUUGUUAUUUAUAUAAUAAGACUUCGAUCCUUUAUUAUGGCA